UGUGUUUAGUGUUUACUGUUUGGGCAUAGGACAAUAAAAUUAUUCUGUGUAAUGUGUAUUGGGUAUUUAGGCAUUGCCUGUAGACAGUAGACCACUCGACCGUUUUGACGACAUGUCAUCGAUCAGCUGCAUGUGUUGCACUGGUGCGCGGACUGAGACCAAAACGUCUCCCGAUCUUGUCUCACACUGACAUACGUCUGUAUUGCCGUGUAUAGUUUUGUAGAUGCGUGCAUAAUACUUUUUAUUGUUGUCUUGCCUACGUUAAAUGCGUCCGUCGAUCGUGAAUUGGUAACAUUCCGUAGUAUUCCGUUACGAUUAUUAUGUGAAAACAAUCUUACCAGUUACCUUCAUCAUUAAUGUCGUUGAAAUACAUCAAUUCUUGUUGCAUAUAAAAACUACAAUAACAACAGCAGUUAAUAUUGACGCCAACGAUAGCGCUUCACCGUCGACCGUCGUACAGACUCGACUCCACGGUAUAAAUACAAAAGUUGAUUACAAUAUAUAUUGUUUUCUUAACAAUCGAUAAAGAUGGGUCAAUUUGUAAGUUCAAAUCGCAAUGACAAAUGCAAUGAUGAGCUUGUUAAUACAUUAAUUAAGAGAGAAUAUAUACACUCAACUAUUGUGGAAAAAGUGUUCAGAUGUGUAGAUCGAGGAUUAUAUCAUACCGAUGAUAAUAAACUAAACGUCUAUAGAGACUCAGCUUGGCAAUCGGGAGAUAUUCAUUUGUCUGCCCCAAGUGUUUAUGCUACUGUUUUAGAAUGUUUGGAUCUCCACAAGGGUGAAAAGUUUUUAAACAUUGGUUCUGGAAUAGGGUAUUUCAGUACUAUAGCUGGUCUUCUAUUGGGUGUUAAUGGUGUUAAUCAUGGUAUUGAAGUUCGUGCUCCUUCUAUAAAUAUUGCAUAUCAGAAGUUGGAGGAAUUUAGACUUAAGUCUGCAGCAAUUGAUUAUUUUGAAUUUUGUGAACCAUUAUUCAUCGAAGGAAAUGCAUGUGAACUGUUGACAGUGGGUUAUUAUGAUAAAGUCUAUUGUGGAGCUGGAGUACCGCCGGCAGAAACUUCAUUUAUGAAGGCUCUUAUUAAAGUUGGUGGUGUAUUAGUUAUGCCAUUGGAAGGGUUCCUCGUGAAAGUAAUAAGAAAAAGUGAAUACUCAUGGAAAACAAUUGAAGUUUUGGAAGUAUCAUUUACAGAUCUUGUUGUGCCAGAUAAAUGUAGUGUUAUGAAAGUUACAAAGUUUCCUUCUGUUGAACCAGCGAGUUUACAAGAGCUAUGCAGAUCAAACAUUCGUUCAUUCUUCCGAGAUUCCUUGAAUAAAACUCAUCCUGGCUUGAAAAUACGCACUAAAUGUAAACCAAGUAAAAGUUAUGAUGAUAAAUUUUUUAAUUCUGAUCCGUUAAGUCAAUUUGUCCGCAUACAAUAUGGUGCAACUGAAGGGGGAAUGGUUAGUUUACGGAACAUUGUAGAUACGUUUGCUGGUUUGGAUGAGGCAAUAUCAGAUCUGGGUUCUACAUCAGAGAAUGAGGCUGUUGAUGAAGAUAACAAUGGCAACGACAGAGAUGAUGAUGAAGAAAAAAAUACAAGUGAACAACGUGAUAAAAGUUUACCUAAGAAAACUGAAUCAGAUGCUAAAAGAAAAUCAUCAGAAGCUGGAUGUUCUGAACAAAAUAAAACAUCACCCGGAAAACCAGAAAACACAAAAAGAAUGAGAAUGAACACAUCAUCUUCUACAGCCAAAAGUUUUUUAAAUAGCCAAUCUACCAAUAGCGGUAGUAGUUUAUGGGAUACUUUGUCUAGUGAUUCAUCCGAUUCUGAUGAUUCUGAUGAUGGUCGCAAUCUCAUUGAUCCUGAGUGGUUGGCAUCUAUGAGAAAUAAUGCUCCCAAUGGCUUGAGGCAUGAUGAUUUCGGUGGAAUCUAUAAUUCUUUGUUUAACGGUGAUAAUAUCCAUGACAGUGAUACUGAGAGUGACAUCGCUAGAGAAUUGGUAUUAUAUCGCUUUCUGAACGAACGCAAAGAAAAUGAGUUGAGUAAAUUUCUAAAGGGUAAAAUUGAUAAGUUACCAAUACCAGCUAUGCUCAAACAGUUUCUCAACUAUAACAAAGAAGAUUAAUU